AUGCCGCGCAGAAGCCGGGCAUGCCGCGCAUGUCGCCAGAGACGUAUUGGGUGUGACGGCGCGCUGCCCUCGUGCCGCCAGUGUCUCGUCACCAAUCGCCUCUGUUCAGGCCCAGUGCAGGGCACUAUCAUCAUCGACCAGACGGAAAAUGUCAAGUCGCGGUACAGCACCAUAAGCAGAAAGAACAGCAUCGCCUGUAUAGUUCCUCAACCGUCGGCGAGAAGAGCGUGGUUGGGGGCCGUUACUGCGCCAGGGAUAUAUGCCUACGUGACGUCGGCCAUCGACGUGCCUAGUCGCCCAGCAUGGCUGCGUCAACUGAGCGAGAUUCCUUUAGCUGCGAGAGGCCCGGCUCUAGAUGUGGCCUUGGAAGCAUUUGCUGCUGCCUACCACGGAGUCAUGUCCAACGACGGCUCUAUAAUGCUAGAGGCGUGGCGAAUGUAUGGCGAUGCUCUGUCCCGGCAAUCCAAGGCCAUCACGUCGUCCCAUCUCCCAGAAAAACAAAGUCCAGCGGUGCUAUACACGUCUGUCAUAUUCUCCCUUUUUGAAACUAUAUGUUGCACAAACUACGCCGCCUACGCUGCCCAUCUUGCCGCGGCGCGGAAAAUGCUCGCUCUGGCCCGCUCUGAACUUGGUCAAGAUGAGGUGUUUGAGCGAGUUGCUAUGCAUGUUCAAUACCAGACGCUGCUUCUAAUGAUUGUAUCCCCGCUUGAGUACCUGACAGUCGAGACCGAAACUAACAUUUGGAUUGAUUUAAAUAUGGGUCUGUAUGACGAGUCACAGGAGGUGGCCGAUUUGUUACUUCUCCAGCUGUUCAAACUCGGGAAACUGGUGGCUACUAAAAAUCACGACCCGGGUAGUAUUCCUUCCCGCCUUCACGAGGUAAGAGAAAGUAUCGAUAGGAGCUGGACAACAUACCAUGAAGAGGCAAUUCUACAUAACCAAGUUCUUCGGUAUAAGUCUGACGACGACGAAAUUUUAUAUCGAGACCCCUCGACAGCCCUCGUACUAGCGUACUUUGCUACCGCUAGGUUAAUGAUGUCCCUGGCGGACAUUGACAAUAAUCAACAUCUAUCCAAAAUGGACGAUGGUUACUGCCAAGAGAUUAUCGACUGCUCGUCGUUUCUGUUCCAGAGAAAAGGCAGCAUUGGAUGUAUUUCUCUUCCUGUUUUCCUUCCACUGGCUCUGGUAGCCAUGUACGCCACGUCAUCUACAUACCGGAAGAUGGCUUACACGCUACUCAAUGAUCGAGUCCAGACUACCCCGUUCAGGGGGCUAAAGUCUAUCUUGGUUGAGCGGCUCCGCUCUGCUGAUGAUGUCAGGUGCUCGCUUCGACCAGAUUAUGUACAUAUUACAAACUCGAUAUCCUAA